ACGGCGGCGGGAGGGCCUAGCGGGGGCUGCCUCGGCGUCCCCUGUGGUCCUGAGCCCCGGGUCGGGCGGCCCAUGGAGAAGGCCGGGGGGCGCAGCGGCCCGCGGGGGCCCGUGCUGCACAUCGUGGUGGUGGGCUUCCACCACAAGAAGGGCUGCCAGGUCGAAUUCUCAUACCCUCCCCUGAUCACAGGAGAAGGCCAUGACAGCCACACUUUACCCGAAGAGUGGAAGUAUUUGCCUUUCCUUGCCUUGCCUGAUGGAGCUCACAACUACCAGGAGGAUACCGUGUUUUUCCACCUGCCCCCCAGAAAUGGAAAUGGAAUGACAGUAUAUGGUGUCUCUUGCUACAGACAGAUUGAAGCCAAGGCACUCAAAGUAAGGCAAGCGGAUAUAACCAGAGAAACUGUCCAGAAAAGUGUCUGCGUUCUAAGCCAGCUGCCUCUCUAUGGUUUACUCCAAGCAAAACUUCAGCUCAUUACACACGCCUAUUUUGAAGAGAAGGAUUUUUCCCAAAUUUCAAUCCUGAAGGAACUCUAUGAACAUAUGAAUAGUUCCUUGGGAGGAGCUUCCAUAGAAGGGUCCCAAGUGUACCUCGGUCUUUCCCCACGAGAUUUGGUCCUUCAGUUUCGACACAAGGUCUUAAUCCUAUUUAAGCUGAUUCUUCUGGAGAAAAAGGUUCUGUUUUAUAUUUCUCCAGUGAAUAGAUUGGUAGGUGCGCUAAUGACUGUGUUAUCCCUUUUUCCAGGCAUGAUAGAACAUGGCCUCCGGGACUGCUCCCAGUACAGGCCUCGAAAGAGCCUGUCUGAGGAUACGGGGCUCCAGCAAGCUCCCCCUCUUGCUGAUGAGUACAUUUCUGGGUCUGCUUCUGACAUUUACAAUACAAAUUCAGGAACGUGCACCAAAAAGGUAUCUGGGAACCACGGAGGGGAUGCCCCAAAGGCAGAUGGGAUCCUGUCCCAAACAGCAAAAGAUGCCAGCAACACACAAGCAUCCAAUGGCUCAAGCCAGCCUGUGAGACUUCCUGUGCACAUGACCCCCGAGAAAUCUGAAACUGAAUGGGAGACCCUGGACCCUGGCAUCUUAGAGGGUGCCAGCAUGAAAGAAAGGGGACAGAUGGAGCCUAAACAGAUAAACUUCCUCCCGAGGGACCACGUGCCCUCCGAAAGCCCUCCAAUCACCGUGCAGCCUCAAGCUAACCUGGGGCAGGUGGUGUUGGUGCCAGGACUCAUCUCUGGUUUGGAAGAGGACCAGUAUGGAAUGCCACUGGCCAUCUUCACCAAGGGUUACCUCUGUUUACCGUACAUGGCGUUGCAGCAGCAUCACCUUCUCUCUGAUGUGACUGUCCGAGGAUUUGUUGCUGGGGCAACCAACAUUCUUUUUCGGCAACAGAAACACCUCAGUGAUGCCAUUGUAGAAGUGGAAGAAGCAGUCGUUCACAUCCAUGACCCAGAACUGAGGAAGAUUCUGAGCCCAACCACAGCCGACCUGAGAUUUGCUGACGAUUUGGUGAAGCAUGUGACGGAGAACAGGGAUGACGUGUUCCUGGAUGGGACAGGCUGGGAGGGAGGUGACGAGUGGAUUCGAGCACAGUUUGCGGUCUAUGUACAUGCCCUGCUUGCUGCCUCACUACAGUUAGAUAACGAAAAGAUACUGUCAGACUAUGGGACAACCUUUGUUGCGGCCUGGAAGAACACACACAAUUAUAGGGUCUGGAACAGCAACCGCCAUCCGGCUCUGGCAGAAAUAAACCCAAACCAUCCCUUCCAGGGCCAGUAUUCUGUGUCGGACGUGAAGUUGAGAUUCUCACACUCUGUCCAGAAUAGUGAACGCGGCAAAAAGAUUGGAAAUGCCAUGGUCACAACGAGCCGGAACGUUGUACAGACCGGAAAAGCUGUGGGCCAGUCCGUCGGAGGAGCUCUGUCCAGUGCAAAGACAGCCAUGUCCUUGUGGUUCUCCACAUUGACCCAGUCAAACACACAAGGUCUCACAGACCCACCAGAUGGGAAGCACUGAGUGUGGUGGUCAGAGCCUGCUUGGAGAUUGGAUCUCUCUGCUACGCUCGGGUCACUGGGUCCACACACAGGGGAACCGACAUGCUGUGCUGUUUACCGACCGAAUAUCGUAAAUGGUUGCUGUCUGCGUAUUUUUAAAAUAAUAUACAUGAGAGUGCGAAUGAAUGUAGCCUAACUCGGAAGCAUAAAAGAAUGACCAUUAUGAGGUUGCUCUCUAGAAUGUUUGUCUGAAGUGACUACUUUUAUUGAAAUCUGAGCCUUUCUAAUUGGACCAUGCGAUGGUUUUGAUUUUCUGAUAGUGUACAUUUAUUUGUCUAUAGAAGUUUAUGUAAAUUAUAGUUAGGUUUUACUUUUUGGAUAGACAAAUGUGUAUUAUAAUUUGUUCAUUGAAAAUAAUAUUAUAUAUUGAUUCUUCUCAGAUUGGGCCCAUAAACGUUGGCGGGCCCUUGGCUUUAUAAGUUUUGAGCCCUUUGCUGUUGGGUUUUUUUUUUCCUUAUUUUAUUCUGUUCUAAAUUAAUUUAAGCAGAGGUGUAGAUUCAUCAUUAUAUGACAAGGAUAUAAAUCUGUUGUUGUUUUCCACACUCCAGGUCCUCUUCCUCCCCCAAUUCAAUUACAUCUACCUAUUUGCAAUUCAGAGAUGAUGGUGGAAAAAUGGGAGGUUUUUCAAGUUACUCACCUAAUCCUUGAAGACUUGUUCUAUGGCUGAUGUCCUUCCCUGCCUAACCCUGCCCCACUUCCUUUCCUACUUCAGUCCCAGAAAGUAAGAAGGGCAGGGCUGCAUUUGAUGGGUUAGAACAGCACCCGUCCGUGCUCUUGAGAGCCAGGCUGUGCCCUGGGAGACAAUUUUCAGGAUGGCUGCUGUUGGUGUCUUCCUGGCCCUGGUCAUGUUAAAUCUUCCGUGUCUCUGAACUCUCGGCCCUCUCUCUUCUCCCUUUACACGCUUUGUCCUGCAGGUUUUUUCCCAGGACUUUUGUUCCAUAAGCAGCAGUUCCUCACACUGGUGCCUGGUCUUUCUCCCUUCCCAACUGAAAGCCAUUCUUCUGUACAGUUGCUCCCUCCUUAAUAUGUUUUUAGAAGAAGAGCAAAAAGCUCUGUGUAAAGCAGGAAGACCAUCCCAGUGCAGAUUUGAAUGAUCUUGGUGUUUAAGGGAAAAGAACAAAGCCUCUCACUGACUGCUUUAUGACCCACAUCAGGCCUGUUGUCAGGCUUGUCCCAUAGGGGGAUGGGAUCUUCACCUGCUUUUCUGGGGAAAGCUUUGGCACCACCUUAUCUGCUUUCCAACUAGCCAGAGGGCCUCUAGGAGAGGGGUUGCAGGAGCAGGUCUAGGGGACAAACCACUUUUCUCACAUCAACAUUUUAGUAAAACAUCCCUCCUGUACGUCGUACUAAACCAACCUGUCAUGAGAUCACGCUUUCCUAACCCUCUGUUGAAAAAAGUCAUUGGAUUUUUCAGUUCCUCAGUGGCAGACUUCUCUUGUGUGGAGACUGUCUCUCAGGGAGGCUAGGCUUGUGUUGACCUCUCAGACACAUGGUAACUGCUCAUGUCCAUGCUGGUCCCAUAGAGGCCGCACUGCUUCAUGGACACUCCAUCAAGACCAGAGGCCUUAUAUUUCAGUCACAUACUUGAUUACAGGAAGAGACUUAAGGUGUGAGGAUGAUGACUGACAAAGGGAAUGGCAGCCUCCCUCUUGUCUCCUCCUUGCUCCCCCUUACUUCCCCCUAUCCCAUUAGUGGCAGUUAGUCUUCCACUUCUCAUCUCUCCUGUUAGGAAUCCACUUGGCCACGUUCUUUGUAAAAGCUUUCUUCUCCCAAGUAAAUUGUGUGAGGAGAAAGCCACACCAAUUCCCCCAAGAAGCUAGCUGAGACUCUUAAGUAUUUGCCCUGGAAGCAUUUUCCUGGCCAGGCGAAGUUCCAUUGGGAGUUUCAGAAGUGGUCUACCCUUACUGCUUAAACCCUGCAUGCUGACCCUGGGCUGGGGGUGAGGGUUGGGGAGCUGCAGCAGUUUUGUCCAAAGAACUGUCAGUUGGAAGAUGUUGGAGUAGAUAAGCAAAGCUUGCAUUGAGGGACCCUCUCUUAUCUGCAGUGACUCUGUGUGUGUGUGUGUGUGUGUGUGUGUGUGUGUGUAUUUAUGGGUAUGAAUCUUAGCUCUGCCAUAGUAUGACUUGUUCUUGAUUCAAAUGUGUACCUCAGAGGAACUUUCCGUUAGUAUUUCCAUGAAGAAAAGUUCAAGUCUUUUAAGAAAAGACCAUAAUCUAAUGGAUUGAACAUGAGCCAUGAACAGAGAAGGAGGUUCUGUGCCCAAUGGAGACAUUAGUUUUGCUCCCGUUUCCUCAUCAGGCUUCCAUGUACCUUAGGAGAAGACUUCGAGCACAGAAAUAGAUACAGCUCAGGAUCUAGUUUCAAGUGAAGAUCUUGCUGUAUCCGUUUCACUCCUAGCCUAGGAAGACUACAAAGGCGUUUUUCCUGUGGCUCUGGAGGUCUAGCAGGGAGCCGGCACAGCAGGUGGCUAGGGGUCCGGCCGUGGGCUCCGGGCCCGGCUUGCAGGUGUAUCGCCAGCACAGAGCUCUUAUUUCAUUCUUUGGCCAUCUUGUUGCCACUUUGACAAGAACGUUGGGAGGUUUGAGGGUAUGCAUUGAAGACCUAGCCAGAAGUGCAUAGAGUUGUGGAUUUUGAGGAGAGCUCUGAAAUGAGCCUUUGCCUCCCCAUCCACCAGUGGGCAUGGAUGCACCCCCUUUAUCCACGUGCAGCCUGUCCAGGUAGGUGAUGCUGCUGGAACAGGCCGGGGAGAAAACACUUGUCAUUCCAAAACAAGUCCUCAGUAGCAGGUGUUUAUGUUAACUGGCACACGUGUUGGGAAGGACCAUCCAGGUGAGUGUCACACCUUCAAGAGGGAGAUAUUCAGCACUCGAAUUAAGGCUCAUUGUAAUUGUGUAGAACCCAUGAUUUCCCCCAAAAAAAAUCCUGUAAGAAUCACGUGUGUAUAUCUGCUUGUCCAGUAUAACUCUGCUCCCCACAAGCCCAUCCAGUGAGUGAUGUGCCAGCCCCUCAGACUAACUCGUUCUUCUUCUGCUUUAAAAAAAUCUUUUUAAAGCAAUAACCAUACUGCUGUGAUGUGCUUGGAGGUAAACUGAGCCCAGGCUUCUGUUUUCUCAAGGAAAUCAGUGUUUAUAACUAUUCUUAUUCUGUUUCUCUUGUAUGGCUUUUGGGGGGGGUGGUGCCACGGGGUGAGUGAGUGUUGAGACCAAGGUCUGUAGAUGCCUAGGUUAGUCAAUCGAGAACAGUAUUUAAUCCUCUGACAGGAUUCUUUUGGAAAGCGGCUGGGUAUUAUCAAUGAAUGAUCUGAGGGUUUAAAGUUUCAAAUGAAGAGAUACUGUUCUUUGGAGCAGAUGGGAGUUUGUCUGGAGGGCUCUUGGGGCUGGUUUGUAUUAAGUAGGACAAGCGCUGGGCAAGGCAGAGCUUUUAGCCAGUUGCUUUUCUUCAAUAGCUGUGCAUCAUUGAGGCUGUUGGAGCUGGUAAACCAAGUACUUAAUCACUGUCAGGUUUGGGGGCUAAGCACACUGGCCCCGUACCUUUGGGGAUCUCUUGUCCCAGAGGCUUGUAAGGAAAUUGGACUUUGUUGGGCUAAUGUAGCUGAGAAGCUAGUGACUGCAACAGUACCCCUGCCAUCCCCCCAGCCUCCCUCACUGUUUGGUGCCCUGGGCUUUGGGGCAGAGGGCCUGCUUUGGGGAUGGACACUUGAGGAGACCGGCAGUGUAGCCUCUAAACCUUAUGCAAUCCAGCCAGAUGCUGGAGGAAUCUUUCUAUGUAGCAUAAUGUAGGAAUGGGAGUUUCCUCAUUCAGAAUGCCCUGACAUACAUGAUCUUGAAAGGUUUUUUUCACAACCCAAAGGACAGUGAAGAGAAAAACAGAUCUGGGCUUAUCAAUACACCAAUAGUUGUGUUUUAAAGUGACUUACUGAUAGCAUCAUGAUGCGAAGUUUCCGCCCCUGAUUGCUCCCAAACAAGAUACUGUGUGCAUGCCCACAAACUGGCCUGUUUUCUGAAAUGUCAGUACAUUUGUACUUUGCAGAGCCGCUUUCAAAUUCGCUUUUUUCCUUAUUGGUUAAAGAAGGGAGACUAUAUUGAAAUCAUGUAAAUGGGGCACGGUUUACCUAGUUCCUUUCCACCUUUCUUUGUCCACUGACUACUCACAUGUAUCUUGAGCUUCUCACAAUGUUACGAGGGAUAACGCUCAUGCAUUUCAGUCUGAUGCUGGAGUGGCAGGAUGGGAUUGAAUUUCUCAGGAGGCUUCCAAGUUUGAAGGGCCAUUUUACAUUGUUUCGUGAAAUGUUUUAAUGUUUUACAACUGGACCAAUCAUAUUUUAAAAAAUCAAAUGUCAGUGUUUGUGAUCCCCUGACUGUUAGUGUCUAAAUUCCGGAAGCAUUUCAUUACCGAGAAGAUGAAUUCUUUUAGUGGUCAUAAGACAGCUUUAACAUUGGAGACUAAAAAACUCGCCACUGUCUCCACCAAGGAAGUCAAAUGUGAAGGGGCCACAGGUGGGGUCCACAUGUGUGUGAGGCAGUCCUCCUUAAAUAGCGAGCUUUAUCAUUGUAAAAAUGCCUUCAGUCUGUAACCCUAUUGUCCAAUUAUGCUGAACUGUAAAGCACUAUAUUCUUUCACAGAGAAAAAAUGAAAAUAAAAUCGUGGUGUUCCUGCCCUCGCUCCUCCA